GAGUCAACUCCACCUCUCUCCUCCCCUUCUCUUCCCUCUCUACCUCCUUCGUUCUCUCUCCUCAUCCCUGUAACUUUCGUUGCUGUACAGCUGGCAAUUUAUAGACAAAAGAGGGCUAGUGAUUAUGGGCUAUUAGACGUGAUGCGUAGUUAAGUUUUUUCUAACCUUGACAGACACACUGGAUGACCGUCUCUCAUCUGUCGGACGAAGGAUACGGAGGCCAGAGGAUCAGUGGCCUUGAGUAAAAAAUUGAGGAUAACGACUACAACGGAUAGAAAAGAAACCGUUCAAGCCGGCUAAUCAGACGCGCUUUUGUUAUGGGGCCCAGUCACUUAUGGAGGUGUGCAGUGACACUGCUAUUAGGGGCGUGGUCCAUGUGCUGUAUGGGUCAGACCACACCCCCAACACAGACCACACCCCCACCAAAGACCACACCCACAGCAAAGACUACACCGGCCCCCGCGCCACAAUCUGGAGGCCUCAAAUUCAGAUUGGCCGGUUAUCCGAGGAAACACAACGAGGGUCGAGUCGAGGUGUUUUACAAAGGCGAAUGGGGAACCAUCUGCGAUGACGACUUCACGUUAUUCAACGCCCACGUCCUCUGUCGCCAGCUGGGCUUUGUGGAGGCCACGGGCUGGACGCACAGUGCCAAGUAUGGAAAAGGAACAGGUAAGAUCUGGCUCGACAAUGUGCAGUGCAGUGGGAGUGAGACGAGCAUCUCAGUGUGUAAGUCGCGCGGCUGGGGCAACAGCGAUUGCACUCACGACGAGGACGCCGGAGUCGUAUGUAAGGACGAGAGGCUGCCGGGAUACGUGGACACUGAUAAUGUCAUAGAGCAUAUACAGACAGAUGAGUACCAUAUCGAGGAGGUGCGUCUGCGUCCCGUGGUCAACACGGCUAAGCGGCGUCUCCCGGUGACGGAGGGUGUGGUGGAGGUGCGCUACAAGAACAGCUGGGCCCAGGUGUGCGACCGGGGGUGGACCCCCAAGAACUCCCGCGUCAUCUGCGGAAUGAUGGGUUUCCCCCACGAGAGGAAGGUCAACAAGAACUUCUACAGGCUGUACACGGAGCGGCAGAAGAGCCACUUCCUGGUUCACUCGGUGGCCUGUCUGGGCACGGAGGUGCACUUGGCGGCGUGCCCGCUGCAGUUCAACAAGGCCAACGCCAGCGAGAGCUCCUGCGAGGACGGGCUGCCCGCCGUGGUCAGCUGCGUGGCGGGGCCGCUCUACACGCACAACGCCGCCCUCAGGAAGAAGCUUAAGGUCUCGAAAGCGGUGCGUCUGAAGGGUGGCACGCACGCGGGUGAGGGGCGCGUGGAGGUGAUGAAGGGGGGCGUGUGGGGCACGGUGUGUGACGACCGCUGGAACCUGCAGACGGCCAGUGUGGUGUGCAGAGAACUGGGCUUCGGCUCUGCCAAGGAGGCCUUGACUGGAGGACGCAUGGGCCAGGGUAUGGGUCCCAUCCACAUGAAUGAGGUGCAGUGUUUGGGGACGGAGCGCUCCAUCUGGGCCUGUACCUUUAAGAACAUCACGGAGGAGGACUGCCAGCACACAGAGGACGCGUCUGUCCGCUGCAACACCCCCUACAUGGCCCACGAGAAAGCGGUGCGUAUCGGUGGGGGCCGCUCGCGUUACGAGGGGCGCGUGGAGGUGUCGCAGGCCCUCCCCAACGGGACCCAGCGCUGGGGGCUGCUGUGCGGAGACGGCUGGGGCACUCCGGAGGCCAUGGUGGUGUGCAGGCAGCUAGGCCUGGGAUACGCCAACCAUGGGCUGAAAGUGCGUCUGCAGGGUGGGCGCUCGUCGUACGAGGGCCGGCUGGAGGUGCGGGUGGGGGAGCGCUGGGGGGCGCUGUGCAGUCAGGGCUGGGGCACCAGGGAGGCCACGGUGGCCUGCAGGCAGCUAGGGCUCGGAUACUCCAUGCAUGCCAUCACCGAAACGUGGUACUGGGAUGGCAGUAAUGUCACAGACAUGGUGUGGAGUGGAGUGAAGUGCACAGGGAAUGAGAUGUCCCUCUCCCAGUGCAAACGAGACAAAGUCUUCAACUGCCAGAAGUCUACAGCCAGAUUCGCCGCUGGAGUCAUCUGCUCUGAGACGGCAUCUGACCUGGUACUAAACGCCACGCUGGUGCAGCAGACCACCUACAUCGAGGACCGUCCUCUACACAUGCUGUACUGCGCGGCGGAGGAGGACUGCCUGUCCAAGACCGCGGCCCAGGCCAACUGGCCCUACGGCCACCGCCGCCUGCUGCGCUUCUCCUCCCAGAUACACAACGUGGGCCGCGCAGACUUCAGGCCCAGGCUGGGCAGGCACUCCUGGGUGUGGCACGCCUGCCAUGCGCAUUACCACAGCAUGGACAUCUUCACACAUUACGACCUGCUGUCCCCCAAUGGCACCAAGAUGGCGGAGGGACACAAGGCCAGCUUCUGUCUGGAGGACUCAGAGUGUCACGAGGGAAUUUCGAAGCGCUAUGAGUGUGCCAACUUCGGAGAGCAGGGCAUCACAGUGGGAUGCUGGGACCUCUACCGCCAUGACAUAGACUGCCAGUGGAUCGACAUCACAGAUGUGAAACCAGGAAACUAUAUUCUACAGGUGGUGAUAAAUCCAAACCAAGAGGUGUCGGAAAUGGAUUACACCAACAACGCCAUGAAGUGCAGCUGCAAAUACGACGGCCAUAGGAUCUGGGUGCAUAACUGCCACAUCGGUGAUGCCUUCAGUGAGGAGAUCGAGAGGAAGUUUGAAAAAUAUCCAGGACAGUUCAACAACCAGAUCACAAAUUAGCACCCCACACACACACACGUUCACUUUCUCUGAGGUGCCAUUCAUCCAUUUCACAUUGACAUUUCAACAGACUUGAGCAAUAUCUCAAUUCCUUCAGCCUUGCAUCGUGUUGCCACAACACUACAACACCCACAAUGCAACACCCCACAGCCACAAACAGUAGAGUAUUAACAUUUUUAAUCGGUGCUCGUGCCAGUAUGUUUUUGACAGUACAGUUGAUGUGUGUACUGUAUGCGUGCGUGUAUUCAGGAGCUCUGUUACUUGAAUAAUCUGCUCCUAAGUGUUUUUCAAAGGACCAUUGCUCUGUAGAAACAUCUGGUAACACUUAAUGUAGAAUAGGGUUCAAAGGUCACUCACUAAUACAUGCCUUAUAAUUACUGUCUGUAUGUCACUGUAAGUGACUUAUAUGACGUGUUGAAAAAAAACCUUACUAUGAUUACCGGUAUAUCAAUAAUAAAGGCCUUAUUGGCAAUGGACAAGACAUUUAUGAAGGCAUACCUGACAAACAGGGGCUUAGGGCGUAAUGUGGAACUGAGUCACCAGGGCCUCACGUGUCUGGAGGGGGGUAUGAUUUAUUUUACAUUUCUU